UCACCCGCGGUCUGGUCCGCCGGAGGUUUGGGUGCCAAGAAACGAUUGGCAUGGCAGAAUUUAGUAUCGUAAUCACGUGGAGCCUCUUAUCGAUAUCUACCAGCUGUACCUAUGUAGAUACUGUUCGGUCAGUGGACUUGGUUCUGAGUUAUUGCCUAUCAGCACCGCUAUCAAUAGGCCUGUCUAAUUGCGCCUCAGGUUGCUACCAACUACCACCGAGUUCGACGGACCCAUCGGCGCAGAAUCGGGGCCUGAUAACUCGAUUUCAAAGCAAUAUUGAGCAUCCAAUUACAAGGUAGUAUCGUGUAAGUGACACUGUUGCGAAUCGUGACUAUUUUGUACCGAGGCAUAUAAUGUUUAAAAAGAUACCUCAUAUAUCUCUGCGUUCUUUUGCCACAACAACCACUUGCAUCACUAUUGGCUUGAUAUCAGUCCCAUACCUGCAACCUUCGCAUCGUGAGAGGCAAGAUAAACAAGAAAUACAAAGACAAAGACAACACCAGAAUAGCCCCAAAAACAACCUGCUCAUUCUCACUCCCCACUCCGCCAGCGCUAUGACGCAGAAUAAAGUCAAAACUCCGUUUGAGACCUUAUUCGCGGUGCACAUGACCUGCGACUCUUGUGUCAAGUCCGUUUCAGACGCCCUAUACAGCCUUGAUGGGAUUACCAGCGUCGACGCCAAUCUCAAGGACCAGCUAGUCGCGGUCAAAGGCACUGCUGCGCCGUCUUCCAUUGUUAGCGCCAUAGAGGCCACGGGUCGAGACGCCAUUCUACGGGGAUCAGGAGCAUCAAACAGUGCAGCUGUUUGUAUCCUUGAGACAUAUCAUCGAAACGAAAGAGGUGGUGACGCACUGGUGCCUGCGUCGGACCCCGAAGCCUCAACGGAAGAUUCGGCAGUCAGGCACAGAGAAGUCAGGGGUCUAGCUCGCAUGGUUCAGGUAUCCCCCACCACCACCUUGGUAGACUUGACGCUGCGUGGGGUUGCACCUGGUAGAUACAACGCCAGCAUCCGAGAGUACGGCGACCUCAAAUUCGGGGCAACUUCUACAGGUCCUAUAUGGGCCGGCGGUAGUGGCACGACACAACCUCGAGGUGUCCUAGGUUCCGUGGAAGUAGGAGGCGAUGGCCGCGGCGUUGUCUUCCUGGACCAUCCCAUUCAGGUCUGGGAGGUAAUCGGCCACGCCAUGGUUCUGACGAGCCAGGAUGAGGGCCAGGGUGAUCUACAGAACGACCAAAAUACCGUCGUUGGUGUCAUCGCUAGAAGUGCAGGAAUGUGGGACAAUGACAAAACAGUCUGCUCCUGCACUGGUAAAACGUUAUGGGAAGAGAGGAAAGACGAGGUCCAAAAAGGAAUGAUAUAAAAACAAGGGUUCUACGUCUCUAUCAUUUCGCCUCAUUCCAUUGGUCAGCCGAACAAGAUACAGGUAAGGCGAUGAUGUCUGAAGUUAAUGGCACUCCGACCUUGGUUCGCUGAUUCUAGAAUCACAUAAAACAUUUGGACACAUGUACCUACCUGGUAGAUUGGACGCGUCACAAUAUCAUCACGACCUUUGACAGCUCAUUGUUCCACGUGAAGACGGACGAACGACUCUUCUGACCAUAUCUAGACCCAGGUGUGAGGUCAGCCACCUCCGUGGCCGGGGCUCUCACCUUUCCAAGUGCACCAUCUUGAGGCCUCUGGUGAUAUC